UUCCGGCGGCGUGCAGAUGCGUCACUUCCGUAUUCUUUUCAGGCCGACUCUCAGAGUCACAUCAUCAUCAAAAGCAGCAUGAAGCCCAUCCUGUUACAAGGUCAUGAAAGAUCAAUCACUCAAAUUAAAUACAACAGAGAAGGUGAUUUAGUGUUCUCUUGUGCAAAAGAUACUGUUGUUAAUGUCUGGUAUUCUCUGAAUGGUGAGAGGCUCGGCACUUACAAUGGGCACACUGGAGCAGUAUGGUGUGUUGAUGUUGACUGGGAUACAAAACAAGUGUUAACUGGUUCAGCAGAUAACUCAUGCAGACUUUGGGACUGUGAAACAGGGAAGCAGCUUGCUUUGUUUAAAACAAGUUCUGCUGUCAGAACGGGUGGAUUUGACUUCAGUGGAAACAUCGUCAUGUUUACAACUGACAAGCAGAUGGGCUACCAUUGUUAUGUCAGCUUCUUUGACAUUCGAGAUCCUGCUCAGAUAAGUAACAAUGAACCAUAUAUGAAGGUUCCAGCCAGUGAGUCAAAAAUAACCAGUGCUGUUUGGGGACCUCUUGGAGAGUUUGUCAUUGCAGGACAUGAAAAUGGUGAAUUAGUGCAAUACAGUGCUAAGUCUGGGGAAAUAAUGACAAAAGUAAAAGAACACACCAAACAAAUUAAUGACAUUCAAACUUCCUUAGACCUGACCAUGUUUAUCACUGCUUCAAAGGACAGUACUGCCAAGCUGUUUGAUUCUGCAAGUUUUGAGCACUUGAAAACAUACAGGACUGAACGGCCUGUCAAUUCAGCUGCUAUUUCACCUAUUGUGGAGCAUGUUGUCCUUGGUGGUGGUCAGGAAGCAAUGGAUGUCACAACGACCUCUACCAGAAUUGGCAAGUUUGAGGCUCGAUUUUUCCAUUUGUCAUUUGAAGAGGAGUUUGGUCGAGUGAAGGGUCACUUUGGUCCAAUCAACAGUGUGGCUUUCCAUCCUGAUGGGAAAAGUUACAGUAGUGGAGGUGAAGAUGGUUACGUGAGAAUACAUCAUUUUGAUCCACAGUAUUUUGAAUUUGAGAUGGAAUUUUGAGGAAUAAAAAGAUCAUUGCUUUCAAA